GUAAGGGCCAGUCCAUCUAGUAGCAAUUAUCAUGCAUAGAUUGUGCUAGUUUGUGUAGCUGUGUAUUUGAGGAAGAGAUCUUUUCACUUAAUUUCUGUUAAUGAUGAUGAAGGAUGAUGAAGUAGAGGCGUCUGAAGUAGAGGAGUCUGAAGUAGAGGACGAUGAAGUAGGGGAGUCUGAAUUAGAGGAUGAUGAAGUAGAGGAGGAUGAGGAGUUCCAUGAGGCAGAGCAUACUCCACAUGUAGAGUAUGACAAAUUAGACCAUCCAAUGACAAAAGGCUUUACAUAUCCCAGCAUGAAAGAGUUCAAGUUGGCACUUUCUCAGCAUGCAAUCAAACAUGAAUUUGAGUAUAAUACCGAGUAUAGUACACCUCAUUGGUUUAGGGGCUAUUGUUCAAGACGAGAUGCUGAUAAUUGUCCAUGGAGGAUACAUGCUUCUACGACGGAGGAUAACUGUACUGUAAUGGUGAAGAAAAACCCAUGUGGUCAUGAUUGCUCUAGUACAAGAAGGAAAAGGAAGAUGAAGAAUGCAACCAAGUUUUGGAUAUGUGAUAAGGUGAAGGAUUGGCUGAUUGAAGAUGCUACUCUCGGAGCGAAGGCAUUGCGCAAAAAGAUUAAAGAACACCACAAGGUUGACAUCCACUACAAGAGGGUAUAUAUGGGUAAGAAGCUAGCUCUGAAAGAACUAUAUGGUGAUUGGGAUAGCAGCUUUGACAAUUUGUAUAGGUUUAAAGCACAAGUUGAAAUCUCUUGCCCUGGUAGCAUAGUGCAGAUUGAUCAUUACACUAUAAAAGAAAAAAUCAGGUUUAGAAGGUUCUUCUUUGCUUUGAAACCUUGCAUAGAUGGAUUCCUUAGUGGUUGCAGACCGUAUUUGGCAGUAGAUAGCACAUUCUUAACAGGCGGGUUUAAGGGGCAGCUAGCCAGUGCUACUGCUGUAGAUGGCCAUAAUUGGAUGUAUCCACUUUGUUUUGGAAUUUUUGAUUCCAAAACAAAUGAGAACUGGAUCUGGUUCAUGCAAUUGCUUAGGCAAGCCAUAGGAUCGCCAAGGGGUUUAGCCAUAAGCACUGAUGCUGGGCAGGCGGUGAUGACAGGGGUAAAGGAAGUUUUCCCAAAGGUAGAACAUAGGGAAUGCAUGUUUCACUUGGUGUCAAACUUCAAGAAAAAGUAUCACGGAAAGGUAUUUGAUGACCAUCUUUGGGUUGCUGCUUACUCAUGGAACAAGUAUAUAUUUGAGAAAAAUUGGGUUGCAAUGGAGACAGCAAAGCCAGCGGCAACUACAUAUCUUAGGAAGUGGCACACUAGGUUGUGGACUAGGAGUCAGUUCUCAACCAUUUGUAAGGUGGACUAUGUAACCAACAACCUGGCAGAGUGCUUCAAUAAAUGGAUUAAGCACCACAAGUCCUUGAACUUGGAUGACUUAAUGGACAAGCUUAGGCAGAUGAUUAUGAUCAUGUGGAAUCGAAGGAGAAAAGUAGCAAAGAAGUUAGCUAGCUUAUUAAUUUUGCCCCACAUAAUGAAGAAGUUGAAUGCAAAGAGUAGAGAGUUAAACUUGGAGGUGGUAGAAAGCUCAGAAGAAGUUGCUGAAGUUACUCAAUUGGGAGGCAACGGGUUUAGGUUUGUCGUCAACUUGCAUGAUAACACAUGUUCUUGUAGACAAUGGCAAGUUUCCGGCCUUCCUUGCAAGCAUGCUCUAGCAUUCAUCACAUCACUUGUCAAUGCACAUAUACAGAAUUAUGUGGACUCAUCUUACUCCAUUGACAAGUUUAGGGCAGCUUAUGGCCAACUAAUCCCUGCUAUGUGUGACAAGACCCAGUGGCCUGAAUCUAACCAUGGAUUCUUCAUGCAUCCACCCUUGUUAAAAGUUGUAGCUGGUCGGCCCCAAACUGAGAGGCAUAAGGGUUGUGGUGAGAAAAGGAGGAAAAGUAGCUAGCACUUGUGCCCUAUUUGCAAGGAAUACGGGCACCAUUGGCAUAAGUGCAAGAAGGGUAACAAAGAUGACAUUGCUGCUUUCAUGGCUGUGAGAGAACCACCAAAGAAGAGGAGGAAGACUACUAAAACAUCCGAGUCAUCCAUUGUGCCAAGAGGUGAUGACGCACCGACAGCCGCUAUGUAUUUUCCACCAAGCCAAAACUUAGAAACUACAACCAAGAAGAAGGGAAAGCAUAACCAAACAUUGGAGACUACAAACAAGAAAAAUGCAAAAGGGGGGAAAAGGGCCACAAGGAAGAUGGAGCUUGCUAAAAAGGAUCAAAACAAUCUGAUGGUUCCAUUUGACAGCCCUGCAAUGGGCACUAGAAGCAAAAGAGCUUACCCAACUAGCCCUGCAAUGGGCACAAGAAGCAAAAGGCGGCUCAGCUUGUGAACUCCAUCUAAUUUCUUUCACUUAAUGUCACUUUUGUUGCUGCUCAUGUCAUGUUGUGUGGACUUGGAGUAAUGUAUGUGAACCUGGGUAUGAUGUGAGCCACUUUUGGGUUGCUAAUAUGAUGUAUGUGUGGACUUGGAGUAAUGUAUGUGAACCUGGGUAUGAUGUGAGCCACUUUUGGGUUGCUAAUAUGAUGUAUGUGUGGACUUGGAGUAAUGUAUGUGAACUGGGUAUGAUGUGAGCCACUUUUGGGUUGCUAAUAUGAUGUAUGUGUGGACUUGGAGUAAUGUAUGUGAACCUGGGUAUGAUGUGAGCCACUUUUGGGUUGCUAAUAUGAUGUAUGUGUGGACUUGGAGUAAUGUAUGUGAACCUGGGUAUGA